AUGGAGCGGAAUAUCGAUAUUUAUGCUAACAAGCUAGGGGAUGAGAAGCUGGAUGUGAAAGUCAGAGCCAAUGUCGCGACCGAGUUGCGAGACAGCAUUGAGCCUUUAUGCUCCGGUGCAAGCUAUCCCAUCUUCCUGUCCAAGCUAUGGCCCGUAUUCAAGACAAUUCUGAAGGGAGACCCAGUCUUCUUCAGUAUGUCAUACGAGCAGAAACUACGAAACUGUAUUCUCGAGACUCUACACCGAUUGCCGAUGAAUUCACCCGAUGUUGAACCAUACGCUGCGGACAUGGUUGACUUGUUGAUGGAUCUUGCGCGCAUCGAAAACGAAGACAAUGCAGUUCUGUGCAUGAAGACGAUCAUGGACCUGGAGCGGAAUCAAGCAAAGGCCACCUCCGCACGGGUGCAGCCUUUCUUAGAGCUGAUCCAGGAGAUGUUCCAGACCAUGGAGCAGGUGGUGCGAGAUACAUUCGACACACCGAACCAAGCGACCCCUUCCGGCAUGCCCUCAACGCCGAACGCAAGCGCCCAAAACUUCCAGUCGCCUCGACCUAGCUCUCCCGCAACUUCGGUCUCAGAUCUAGGACCUGAGCAGCAGUCCAGCAAUGUCAUCUUGAAGGGCAUGCAAUCGUUCAAGGUCCUUGCGGAGUGUCCUAUCAUCGUCGUCUCAAUCUUCCAAACCCACCGCGCCUCAGUAGCGGCGAACGUCAAGCUCUUCGUACCGCUAAUCAAGACAAUCUUGCUAUUGCAAGCCAAACCGCAAGAAAAGGCACAUGCGGAUGCUGCUGCACAGGGCACGAUCUUCACCGGAGUUUGCAAGGAAAUUAAGAAUAGGGCCGCAUUUGGGGAGUUCAUCACUGCCCAAGUCAAGACGAUGAGCUUUUUGGCAUAUCUCCUGCGACUAUAUGCCCACCAACUCCAAGAUUUCCUUCCAACCCUUCCUUCUGUCGUGGUUCGUCUUCUCCAGGAUUGUCCUCGCGAAAAAUCCGGUGCUCGAAAAGAGCUGCUCGUUGCAAUUCGACACAUUAUUAACUUCAACUAUCGUAAAAUCUUCCUGGAGAAGAUUGACGAGCUUCUGGACGAGCGAACCUUGAUUGGUGAUGGCUUGACCGUCUAUGAGACCAUGAGGCCCCUGGCGUAUAGCAUGCUUGCGGACCUAAUUCAUCAUGUUCGUGACCAUCUGAGCCGUGAUCAGAUUCGCCGCACCGUGGAAGUCUACACCAAGAACCUUCACGAUGACUUCCCUGGCACUAGUUUCCAGACGAUGAGCGCCAAACUCCUUUUGAACAUGGCAGAAAAGAUUUCUAAGCUUGAAGAUAAGCGAGAAGCUCGCUACUUCCUCAUCAUGAUCUUGGAUGCCAUUGGUGAUAAAUUCGCUUCCAUGAACCACCAAUUCAAUAAUGCCGUCAAGGUCUCCAAAGCCUACAAGGAGAGCCGCAAAGACACAACGCCAUCUGCCGAAAACUAUCUUGCCGAGAAGGACCAACCUCCGGACUGGGAUGACAUUGAUAUCUUCUCCGCUUCUCCCAUCAAGACAUCCAGCCCACGCGAUCGAGGUGGAGACCCUGUCUCGGAUAACAUCUUCCUCUUCAAGAAUCUCAUAAAUGGGUUGAAGAACAUAUUCCACCAGCUGAAGAACUGCAAUCCUGAUGAUAUCCAGAUUGACCCAAACAGUGUGCCUAUCAAUUGGUCCGAGGUGUCGUAUGGAUACAAUGCCGAGGAGAUCAAUCCCCCCCCGGAAAUGAAUUACUCGUCUCCCUUCGAUUUCCUUGCGAGUCAAUACACUGCACCUAUGUCGCGUGAAGAGAAGGAACUAUUGGAGAGUUUUGGCACGGUCUUCCACUGUAUCGAUACCGCAACAUUCCAUGAGGUCUUCCACUCGGAAAUUCCAUACCUUCAUGAGCUCAUGUUUGAGCAUGGCGCAUUGUUGCACCUGCCGCAAUUUUUCCUGGCUAGCGAAGCGACCUCACCUGCCUUCUCAGGUAUGGUGCUACAGUACCUGAUGGAGCGUAUUGACGAGGUUGGGACUUCGGACAUGACCAAAGCGAAGAUUCUCCUGAGAAUGUUUAAGCUUUCUUUCAUGGCAGUGACUCUAUUCUCGGUGCAGAAUGAGCAGGUUCUCCACCCGCAUGUGACUAAGAUCGUCACCAAGUGUAUCGAACUGUCUGUGACGGCCGAAGAGCCCAUGAACUACUUCCUGCUCCUGCGGUCCCUCUUCCGAAGUAUUGGCGGUGGCCGAUUCGAGCUUCUGUAUAAGGAGAUUCUUCCUCUGCUGGAGAUGCUCCUCGAGACCUUCAACAACCUGUUGCUUGCUGCUCGCAGGCCUCAGGAGCGGGAUCUCUACGUUGAGCUCACUCUCACAGUUCCUGCAAGGCUCAGCCACCUCUUGCCACACCUGAGCUACCUCAUGCGUCCAAUCGUGGUCGCCUUGCGUGCGGACUCUGACCUUGUCGGUCAAGGUUUGCGCACUCUGGAGCUCUGUGUGGACAAUCUCACGGCCGACUACUUGGACCCAAUCAUGGCACCCAUUAUGGACGAGUUGAUGACUGCGCUCUGGGACCACCUGCGACCUCACCCUUAUAACCACUUCCACGCACACACCACCAUGCGCAUCCUUGGAAAGUUGGGUGGUCGAAACCGAAAGUUCUUGAAUCACCCACCCGAGUUGUCGUUCCAAAAAUAUUCCGAUGACAAUCCAAGCUUUGACAUUCGUCUCAUUGGCCCCAGUGAGAAGCAUACGGCUUUGGCUUCUGACAAAUAUUACAAACAACAGGCUUACCGCAUGCUCAGCUCCCAUCUUAAGCUUCAGAUAGGAUAUGAGAACCUCCCUGAUGACCUAGCAUCCUUGAUUCGUCUCCAUGCAAAUGACCUGUUUGAAGGCAAAGCUGGUGCUAUGGCCGACAUCAUGGAGAAGUCGGAGAGAUCAGCCUCAAUGCCAAAGAAGGUGGCCCAGGAGGCUACUUUGAAGAAGCUCCUCAAGGCUUGCAUCUUUGCAACGACGAUCUCUGAUCUUGAGCCUGCUGCGACUGCUUUCGUGGCUGAUGUCUGCAAGCACUUUACUGUUGUAGAGGUCGGCCGUGCUCUAGCUCAAGCCCGCCAUAAUCGCAAGCCGUUUGAUGUUGCAAAUGGCGAGGGUCCCGCCUAUCUUGAUUCUCGAAUUUUGGCCGACGCAAUCGUGGAGUCUCUCUCGUCUGACUACGUCCAAGUGCGCGAGGCAGCUGAAAAAGCUAUGCUGGUCAUAAAAGAAGCCGCAAAUCAUUUGGGACGCGUGUUCUGUCACAGUUGUCACAGCGAGGAGUGGUUCACGAAAGCGGGGGGAAGCCUGGGCAUCAAUCUCCUUGCCACCAAGUUGGACCUUGGAGAGUCUUGGAUCUAUGAGCGACAUGUCGAAUUCUGUCGCGCGCUCUUGCACGUCAUCAAGGAUACUCCUGCAGAUCUCCCUGCCUCCACGAGGAUCCAGUCCCAGGAGACUAUGGCCUUAAUUCUCAAGAAGUGCGGCAAACUUAUUCCCAAGGAUGAUCUGAAAAACGAAAAGAGUCGCCUGUUUACCUUGUGUGGCUUCUUUGUCUUUGAACUUGGACACAUGAAUAAGUACGUUCGCGAGACUUGCCGUGUUUGCUUUGACACCUUAAGAGAUGAGCUCGGCUGUGAAGUACACGAACUCAUUUUCCCUGUGAGGGAUCGUCUUCUUCAGUCGAUUUUCAACAAGCCGUUGCGCGCUCUGCCCUUCCCGACGCAGAUUGGCUUUAUUGAUGCCAUCACUUAUUGCUUGAGCCUGCACAACGAGAUCGUCACUUUCAACGAGCCGCUCAACCGACUAAUGCUGGAAUCGCUCGCUCUUGCUGACGCUGAUGACGAGUCACUUGCCUCCAAGCCUAAUGAGUUUAAGAACGCAGAGAUGAUCGUCAGCUUGCGUGUUGCCUGCCUGCGUCUUUUGUCGAUGGCAAUGAACUUCCCUGAGUUCGCCAACACGCCGCAAAAUACUAGCCGUGCACGCAUCAUCUCUGUAUUCUUCAAGUCACUGUACUCGCGGUCUCCUGAAGUCAUUGAAGCAGCCAAUUCUGGCCUGAAGGAUGUUCUUACUCAGACUAACAAGCUGCCUAAGGACCUUCUCCAGAAUGGCCUCCGUCCUAUUCUCAUGAACCUGCAGGAUCCCAAGCGUCUGAGCGUCGCAGGCCUUGAUGGGCUCGCCCGACUGUUGACCUUAUUGACCAACUAUUUCAAGGUUGAGAUUGGUGCUCGUCUUCUCGACCACAUGAAGGUGAUCGCCGAUGAUUCCACUCUGCAGAAGGUUCUUGAUCUCGAGCAGAAACUUCGAAGAACCUCCCACAGUCCUUUCCGGAAGCCUCUUGUUAAGUACCUCAAUCGGUAUCCCAAGGAAAGCUUAGCGUUCUUCUUGGCACGUUUCAAAGACGUGCGCUACGGGCGCUUUUUCGGACAGAUUCUGGCUGAUGCUGAGAGCGAAGCGCUUCGUAAUGCAGUUGUUGCUGACACUGAAGCAUUCAAGUCCAAUGCAUUUGGAUCAGAAGCCGAUGGCAAGAAUACCGCUGCAAUCAAUGGAAUCUACGUUGUCCACUCUGUUUGCUCCUACAGCUUGACCAAGUGUUGGCUGGCCGACCAUGCAGACUUGAGGUCAAAGCUUCUAAUUGCCGGACGAGAGCUAGAGAGAAAGCUUCGUGGCGACAGUCUGCCUCCUGAUGAGCGUCUCAGGGUCGAACAAGCUGAGGAUCAGUUAAUGGAUGUGUUCACGGUUUACUUGGCCGAGGCUAGCCAUGAUCUUGACUUCCUCUUCGAGGUUAUUGAUGGCCUGUCUGCCGAUGAGCUCAAGCGCACACUUGCACUUCCAAAGUUCAUCUACAAGCACGUCAUUACUAAUGAGUCCAUUGACUACCGCCGAUCCGUCAUUAUGCGUUGUCUAGAUCUCUACGGCCAACGGGCUUGCUCGCAGAGGACCAAGACAUAUGCAUUCCGUCAUUUGGUCAAUCCUAUUUUCGCUAUGGAUGUUCAGCUGACGUGGAGCAGCGCCAACAACGGCCCUAGGCUAAUGGAUAAGAGCAUGACCGAGUCCAUCCAGAGUCGUCUGUGGAAGCCUCAGCUGGCUGACCUCAGUGAAGAGUCGAGCCAAGCUGGCGUUGAUCAUUCUCGAAUGGAGCUCCUUCAGCUUUCCGCUUUGCUGAUAAAAUACCAUGCGCAAACUGUGCAGGAUUCUCGUAAGGAUAUCAUCAAGUUUGCUUGGAAUUACAUCCGUCUCGAGGACAUCAUCAACAAGUAUGGUGCCUACGUCCUUAUCAGUUAUUUCAUCGCCCACUACGAGACUCCUUUCAAGAUCGUUAUCCAGGUCUACGUCGCCUUGUUGAGAGCUCACCAGAAUGAAGGCCGAGCUCUUGUCACACAGGCCCUCGACGUCUUGGCUCCUGUUCUGCCUACACGAACAGCGGGAAAUCAAGGACCCGAGGCACGAUAUCCGCUGUGGGCCAAGUGGCCUCGCCGAAUUCUGGCCGAGGAGACUGCCAACUUGCAGCAGGUGAUGAGCAUCUUCCAGUUCUUGGUGCGACAGCCUGAUUUAUUCUAUGAGUCUCGUGAGCAUUUUGUGCCUUUAAUUGUCCCAUCGCUUAUCAAGAUCGCUGGUCCGCCCAACACCUCGAAUGACAGCAAAAAGCUGGCUCUCAACCUGAUCGGGCUGAUUUGGCACUGGGAAGAAAAACGAGCUCUGGCGACAGAUGCCAACAGCAUUGUCUCUAAUGGUGUCACGGAGUCGCCCAAUGCUAAAAAGCGCAAGCUGGAAGAAACAGAAGCCUCUGCAUCUCCUUCCCUUCUUCCCCCGCCUAGCCGAGGAUCUGAUUACACCGUGCCGCCUGAAUUGCGCGCAGCCUUGGUCAAAUAUCUCAUCACUUUCAUCACCACGAUCCCGGAGCGCUUCCAGAUUCCUGCUACGGACGUUCGUCAAAUGUCCUCAGCCAAACAGACACCACCUGUGCCCACCGGUGAGAUGAUCAACAAGGCCAUGAAUCUUCUCAGGCAGCUCCUGUCCAAGGACUACUGGGGAGAUCUCGAUAUUGACCUCUAUCAGAAAGUGACGGAGCCCAUCCUUUCAGGCGAGAAGGCCGACAAACCCGAUGAUAAACAUAUCACCGCCAUGAUCAAUACUCUGCAGGUCUUGCGGGUGCUCAUCGCCACCAAGCCGGAUGAGUGGAUCACAGCACGUCUAUCCUCGAUUCAGAAGCUCCUUGAGAAGCCUCUAAAAUCCGACAAUCCGGAAAUCCAAGAUUGUUUACAUGGUCUUGAGGAUGAACUGGAGAUUUCUUCCAAGCUGCCGCCUCCAGUUCGUCGUGUUCUUGAGGCUGUCCCAGAUGACACACCUGACGAUGAAGAUGCCAUGGACACCGAAAGCACUCCGUCAGAAUUUGCAACUUACCUGUCUGCGAUUGCGACCGAGACUCUUUCGGCCAGCAACUAUGUGUCGAGCUUGAACACCCUCUGGACGCUAUCGAAGAUCAAGCCUGCCGAAAUUGAUACUCAUAUUCCCGCUGUCAUGAAGGCAUUCUCCACAAAGCUUGCUAAGGAGCACGUCGCAGCCUCAACCAACCAAAAUGGAGCACAGGCUUCCCAAAACGGCCAGAAACCAACCGAAGCAGUGCCGGACCAGCAGGAAUUCGAGCUCGGCGUUGAUCUCAUUUACAAGACAAUCGAGUUGAUCUCUGUUCGCAUGUCCCACCUUGGUGACCAACGACGCCCGUUCCUCAGCGUGUUGGCUUCCAUUGUGGAACGGUCACAGAACGUCAAGCUAUGCAGCAAGGUUCUGGGUAUGGCAGAGGAAUGGAUUUUCCAUUCGACCGAGUCAUGGCCCACGCUUAAGGAGAAGACCGCAGUCCUACACAAGAUGCUACUCUUCGAAUCUCGCCCUGAUCAGACCAUGUUGAAGAAGUUCCUCGAUUUGGUCAUUCGCAUCUAUGAAGACUCCAAGAUCACCCGUACCGAGUUGACUGUCCGACUGGAGCAUGCUUUCCUGAUUGGUACCAGAGCACAGGACGUCGAAAUGCGCAACCGCUUUAUGACCAUCUUCGAUCGCAGUUUGACGCGCCUGGCUAGUUCACGAUUGAGCUACGUGCUCACCUGUCAGAACUGGGAUACCCUCUCUGACUCCUUCUGGCUGGCUCAAGCCUCACACUUGGUUCUGGGAUGCAUCGACAUGAAUACCACUGCCCGCCUCCACCCCGACGACUUCACUUUGUAUCCGUCGACAUUCCUUUUCUCCAGUGGCGAAAAGGAUUCAAGAAAGGUGGACAUCAUGGUUGACAGCCAGCUUGAGACUUUUGUUGCCGAGCGCAGGAAGUUCAUGUCUGAUGUCGGCGAUGUUCGGGUUCGUGACCUGAUGGAACCAUUGUGCCAGCUCCAGCAUACCGACGCGAACGUUGCUUACAAGCUGUGGACUACGCUCUUCCCUAUUUUCUGGUCAACACUGUCCAAGGAUGACCGUAUCGAUCUUGAGAAGGGUAUGGUCUCUUUGCUCACCCGCGAAUAUCACCAGAGGCAAUUGGACAAGCGGCCAAAUGUUGUGCAAUCUCUUCUUGAGGGUAUUGUGCGCGCUACUCCGCGGUUUAAGGUUCCUCCUCAUGUCAUGAAACACCUCAGUCGUACCUAUGAUGCCUGGUACACCGCUGCCACCUACCUCGAGGAGAGUGCCAUCAACCCUAUCAUUGAUACUGCCACUGUUCGAGAAAGCAAUCUGGACGCGCUGGUCGAAGUCUAUGCCGGUCUCCAAGAGGAUGACUUUUUCUAUGGAACAUGGCGCCGUCGUUGCAAGUUUGUUGAAACCAAUGCAGCAUUGUCUUAUGAACAACAAGGCAUGUGGGACAAGUCCCAGCAGCUCUAUGAGAACGCACAGAUCAAGGCUCGCUCUGGUGCCAUGCCAUUCUCGCAGGGUGAAUACUUCGUGUGGGAAGAUCACUGGUUAAUCUGUGCUCAGAAGCUUCAGCAAUGGGAAAUUCUGAGCGAUUUUGCCAAGCACGAGAACCUGAAUGAUCUCUUGCUGGAGGCUGCGUGGAGAAAUAUCGAGAACUGGCAGAGCGAGGGCAAUCGUGAGCAGUUGGAAUCCUUGAUUAAAUCUGUUUCUGAUGCUCCUACUCCGCGCCGCACUUUCUUCCAGGCCUUUAUGGCUCUUCUUCAGUUCCAUGUGAAGAAGGAGAAUAUGCAGGACUUCAACAGCGUCUGUGAUGAGUCAAUCCAGCUGUCUAUUCGCAAGUGGCUGCAACUACCUAAACGUAUCACGAAUGCGCACAUUCCAAUUUUGCAACACUUCCAGCUUCUAGUUGAACUACACGAUGCUAGCCACAUCUGCGGCAGCUUGGCCCAAACCAACGAACGCAACUUGGACACCAAGUCUGCAGAGUUGAAGCUUCUCCUUGGAACCUGGCGGGACCGGUUGCCGAAUCUGUGGGACGAUAUCAACACUUGGCAGGAUCUUGUUACAUGGCGACAGCACAUCUUCCAGCUCAUCAACCAGACCUACCUUGGCCUUUUACCCCCCCAGACAAACAACGUGGCCAGUAAUUCGUAUGCCUACCGCGGAUAUCAUGAGACAGCCUGGAUUAUCAAUCGCUUCGCCCACGUCGCUCGCAAGCACCAAAUGCCCGAGGUGUGCAUCAAUCAACUCAGCCGCAUCUACACACUUCCAAAUAUCGAAAUUCAGGAGGCAUUCCUCAAGUUGCGCGAACAAGCCAAGUGCCACUACCAAAACCCGAAGGAGCUGAACAGUGGAUUGGAUGUUAUCAACAACACCAAUCUCAACUACUUCGGACCGCAGCAGAAGGCCGAGUUCUAUACCCUUAAGGGCAUGUUCCUUGCUAAGCUCGAUCAUACCAACGAGGCCAACGAAGCAUUCGGAGUUGCUCUAUACUACGAUCUCCGUCUUGCCAAGGCUUGGUCUGAAUGGGGUCAAUACAGUGACCAGCGAUUCAAGCAGAGACCAGAUGACUAUGAGCUGGCUAGCAAUGCUGUCAGCUGUUAUUUGGAGGCUGCAGGUCUCUACAAGAGUGCUAAGUCGCGCAAGCUACUCAGUCGAAUCUUGUGGCUUCUCAGCUUGGACAACGAAGAAAGCCAGAUUGCCAGCGCGUUUGAGAACUUCAAGGGAGACACUCCUGUUUGGUACUGGAUUACUUUCAUUCCUCAGCUUUUGACCAGCUUGUCUCACCGUGAGGCACGACUGUGCAAGGCUGUUCUUGUCAAGAUCGCCAAGCUAUAUCCGCAGGCUCUCUUCUUCCUCCUACGCACAAACCGAGAGGACAUGUUGAGCAUCAAGAAGCAGCAUGACCAGAAGCAGGAGAAGCUGGCCCGGGCUAGACAACAGCACCAGCAAGCUUCUUCCCCGAGUACCAAACCACCAGCUAGUGGAGAAGGCUCUCCUGCUCAGAAGGCUGUGACCAGCGCCCCUAGUGCCUCUCCUGCCAAUCAAGCCGCGAACCUGCCUACCGCGCAAUCUCCUGCGCAGAACCAGGCACAGAGCACAAGCACACCUUCAAGUGCCAGGUCAAAACGGAACUCCGCAACAGAAGCAGAACCAGGCAGUCUCCGCGAGCUGCCGGAGAAAGAGCCCCUCAAAAAGCCUUGGGAGUAUUCGGACGAGAUCAUGUCUGGUUUGAAGACCGCUUUCCCCCUGCUCGCUCUCUCCAUGGAAACCAUGGUCGACCAGAUCCACAAGAACUUCAAAUGUCCACCCGACGAGGACGCUUAUCGACUGAUUGUUGCCCUCUUGAACGAUGGGCUGUCUUAUGUUGGACGCAUGCCUGGAUCAUACGCGCAAGACUUCAAAUUACCUGCUGCUACCGAAGCCAACAUCACUCGAUUUGCAGAGACAAUUCUUCCGGCGCAUAUCCGCAAGUCUUUCGAGGCGGACUUUGUCGUCAAAAAGCCUACGAUGCAUGAGUACAUCCAUAAGUUGCGGCGUUGGCGUGACAAGUUCGAGGAGAAGCUCGACCGCCGACCCCAAUCUGGCUUUUUGGAGACCUACUCGCCCCACCUCAGCGAGUUCCGUUUCCUGAAGUUCGAUGAAGUCGAGAUCCCCGGUCAGUACCUCCUACAUAAGGACAAAAACCAAGACUUUGUCCGUAUCGACCGCUUCCUUCCUGAUGUGGACCUUGUUCGCGGUAUUGGAGUGUGUCACCGCCGCCUCAAGAUUCGCGGACACGAUGGCAGCAUUCAUGCCUUCGCUGUUCAGCACCCUGCGGCGCGCCACUGCCGCCGUGAGGAGCGUAUUCUCCAGUUGUUCCGGAUCUUCAAUGGUUUGCUGGCUAAGCGCAAAGAGAGCCGUCGUCGCAAUCUCUACUUCCAUCUUCCUCUGAUGGUUCCUUUGGCACCGCAUAUUCGCUUGGUGCGUGACGACUCAUCUUACAUCUCUAUGCAAGGCAUCUACGAAGACUACUGCAGGCGAGUCGGUAUGAACAAGGAUGAGCCCGUCCUCUUUACGAUGGAUCGUAUGCGUUCUCUGGCAGAGACAAAGCAGAAUCGCACAACCGACCAGCAGCAGGUUCUGCGCACUGAGAUCUUGACCGCCAUCCAGGAGAAAUGGGUUCCCAGUACCGUGGUGUUGGACUACUUCCAGCAGACUUACCCUAACUUCGCGGACUUCUGGCUCUUCCGGCGACAAUUCGCCUACCAGUACGCCGCGGUUGCGUUCAUGACCUACAUUAUGCACAUUGGCAACCGGUACCCGAACAAAAUCUUGAUCUCACGUUCGACUGGCGACAUCUGGGGAGCAGAAUUGAUUCCGACCAUCAAUCCUAGCAAGGCCAUCUUCUACAACCCAGAGCAUGUGCCGUUCCGAUUCACACCCAACAUCCAGACCCUGCUGGAGCCACGACACGAGCUGGAGCAGCAACUGAGCGUCUUCGUCCGCGAUGAGAUGAUGUUCUGGGCUACUGCUCAGCACCGCGGUGUCCUACCUGUCCCACAGCUGCGCGAGCUAGUCUACAACAACAGCGAUAUCAUCGCCAAUCGCGCUGUCAGUCUGGCCAGCCCUCCAGAGGGCAACCUACCUGCCAACCAAACCUCGAUCGAUUUGAUAUCCCGGGCGGUUAACCCCCAGCACCUGGCUCAAGGCGAUGCGUUGUGGAUGCCAUAUCUCUAG